AUGGCCACUGCACCAAAAGAGGCACAAAAUGCUAUUGGCUUGGAGGAAAUCCACACAGACAGAAAAGAACCACCAAAAGGACAAAAGACAUUUACAGUGGAAGAAGCUGUGGAAACCAUUGGGUUUGGGAGGUUUCAUAUCAUGCUUUUCCUCAUCAUGGGCAGCACUGGGGUGGCUGAAGCCAUGGAGAUCAUGCUGAUAGCUGUUGUGUCCCCUCUCAUCCGAUGCGAGUGGCAGCUCCAAGACUGGCAGGUGGCUUUAGUGACGACAAUGGUGUUUUUCGGCUACAUGGUGUUCAGCAUAGUGCUCGGGCUCCUGGCUGACCGGUACGGCCGCUGGAAGAUCCUGCUGCUCUCCUUCCUCUGGGCAGCCUAUUUCUCCCUGCUGACCUCGUUUGCCCCGUCCUACAUCUGGUUUGUGUUCCUGCGGGCCAUGGUAGGAGGUGGCGUGUCGGGCCACGCGCAAGGACUUAUCAUAAAAACUGAGUUUUUGCCCACCAAAUAUCGGGGAUACAUGUUGCCCUUAUCUCAGGUGUUUUGGUUGGCAGGAUCCUUGUUGAUCAUUGGCCUGGCAUCAGUGGUGAACCCAACCAUCGGCUGGCGGUGGUUGAUCAGAAUUGCCUCCAUCCCCGGCAUCCUUCUCAUCCUGGUGUUCAAGUUCAUCCCAGAGUCGGCACGGUACAACGUGUCCACGGGAAACACGGGGGCUGCGCUGGCCACGCUGCAGAGGAUUGCCAGGAUGAACAGAGCGGCCGUGCCAGAGGGGCAGUUGAGGGAGCCUGCCAAGGAAAGAAGGGGAAGAUUCAAGGACCUCAUCCACCCCAAAUACCUCAGAACCACUUUACAGAUAUGGAUCAUAUGGCUUGGCAUAGCUUUCGCUUAUUACGGCGUCAUCUUGGCCAGUGCUGAGCUGCUGGAGUGGGACAUUGUCUGUGGCUCUGCAGCCCCACCGCUGCAGGACUCCAGCGAUGACUCUGAGGAGAGCCACAGCCCCUGCCACUGCCACUUGUUUGGGCCUGCUGCCUACCAGACCAUGAUCAUCAGCACAGUCGGGGAGAUCGCACUGAAUCCUGUGAACAUUCUCAGCAUCAACCUCCUCGGAAGACGUCUAAGCCUGUGUAUCACCAUGGGAUGUACAGCUCUAUUCUUUCUUCUCCUUAAUAUCUGCACCUCAAGUGCAGGCAUGGUUGGCUUUCUCUUCAUGCUGCGUGCCUUGGUUUCAGCCAACUUCAACACCAUCUACAUUUACACGGCAGAGGUUUAUCCCACCACAAUGCGAGCGCUGGGGAUGGGGACAAGUGGGGCAUUGUGCCGUGUGGGAGCAAUGGUGGCUCCAUUUAUAUCACAAGUUCUUAUGAGCGCUUCUUUCUUGGGAGCCCUGUGUCUCUUCUCCUCUGUGUGCAUCAUCUGUGCCAUCUCUGCAGUGACACUGCCCAUCGAGACCAAGGGCAGGGCCCUGCAGGUGGGUACCACCACGCCAGGAGCUCCUAUGGCUCCAACUGCUGCUAGGGACUCGUAG